GCAGAACUUGAGCUGAGAUCACUGUACGCGUUAUCUUCUUGUCUACAAUUAUAAAGCACCUCCCAUUUCUCCGAUCGACCUGAAGAAAGGGUCAUCAACAUCCACUCUUCCUUAAAAACUACCGUGAUUCGAUUGAGCUCCGCCAUGUCUCUCACCCGCUAUUCCAAACCCGUGCCCUCUGGGGCUAUAGUGGCCGAGACCCGCGAGCAGCUCAACCAGAUCACCUUCGAGAAUCAAUACACGCUUCUACACGAGGAGGACGGUGGCUACAUGCUGAAGCAGACCGAAGACGGGACUGUGGUGGCUGUAGCCGGCGACGCUCUCUGCGCGGAACUCGACAAGGUCUUUGCCGACCUCGACGCCAGGGAGGCUGCAGAGAAGAACCAGGAGGAUCAGCAAGAUGCUUCAACUCGGUGAUUUGUAUAACUUAUAGAGACUGUCAUAUCUGCUCAUCUCGGAAUGUGUGUAUUUGAGGAGCAAAAUGUUUGGUGUAAUGUGUUUGAUGUGUUGAUACUUGAGUGGUCGGCGAUGGUAUAGUGUGGAUAACAAGGGUUGGAGGGUAGGGCGAGGAAGGGUAAGGCGACAGUUGGGGACAAAUUGUUCUCCUGUUGAUGGUGCUCUCGUGCCACUGAGUGUUAUUAGCAGUUUGGACAGGCAAGGAGAUCUCCGAAGCAGUCAG